AUGUGUAUCAGUGACAUCGAGAAUCCUCGCCUACAGCGUCUGAAGGAGAAAAUUUCGCCCUAUUUCUUCACAGCUGUGUGGCGUGCUGGCAAGUCUCUGAACAUUCCUGACGCUGUGUCUCAAGCCCCAGUUAGCCACCCUGCACCAGAGGACAAAAUCACAGGUGCCUCUUCUGCUACCCAUCUCCAAACAAUCAUGGCUGUGUACACUGUCACCUCUUCAGGAAAGUCUCCAGCUCAAGAUGCCAACAGGACUCUUCAGGAUCUACGAGACACAGCAAGAGAAGACCCUGUCUAUACUCACCUACUCAACUGUGUCACCUUGGGAUUCCCCUCCAACAGAUAUGAUCUGCAUAACUCCUUACUCCCAUACAGGAAGAUACAGGACAAGCUCUACGCUGAUGAUGAGCUCAGUUUGCAAAGAGCAAAAGUUAUAGUGCCUGCCGCCCUCUGCUGCCGCAUGUUGUCCCGCCUACAUGAUAGUCAUCAGGGCAUGGAAUCUUCUAAGUGCCAGGUAAGACAGGCUGUCUUCUGGCCUGGUAUCAACUCAGACAUUGUCAACACAAUUGUAGCUUGUGAGUCAUGCGGGGUAUUGCAGCCAACCCAAAAGCAGGAACCAUCAAUGAAUGACGACAACCUCACAAGGCCCUGUGAAUCUGUUUCAUCAGAUUUAUUUACCGUCACUGGAAAAGCCUUUCUUGUCAUACUUGACCGACUCUGA